GGGCGGGUCAGGGCCGGCCCGGUAGAGGAGCAUCUCCGCCAAGAUGAACGCGGUGUUGGCGGUCCGGCAGUACGUGUCCAAGAUGAUCGAGGACAGCGGCCCGGGUAUGAAGGUGCUGCUGAUGGACCGGGAGACGACCGGUGCCGUGAGCGUGGUGUACACCCAGUCCGAGAUCCUGCAGCGCGAGGUUUAUCUCUUCGAGCGCCUCGACUCGCCCAACAGGGAGCCCAUGAAGCACCUCAAGGCCAUCUGCUUCCUGCGGCCCACCAAGGAGAAUGUGGAGCUCCUGGUGCAAGAGCUGCGAAGGCCCAAGUACAGUGUCUACUUCAUCUAUUUCAGCAAUGUCAUCAGCAAGAGCGAUGUGAAGGCCUUGGCUGAGGCUGAUGAGCAGGAGGUCGUGGCUGAAGUCCAGGAGUUCUACGGUGACUACAUUGCGGUGAACCCACACGUCUUCUCCCUGAACCUGCUGGGCUGCUGUCGGGGCCGCAGCUGGGACCCGGCUCAGCUCACCAGGACAACCCAGGGGCUCACUGCUCUGCUCCUGUCCCUGAAGAAGUGCCCCAUGAUCCGGUACCAGCUCUCCUCAGAGCCAGCAAAACGCUUGGCCGAGUGUGUGAAGCAAGUGAUCACGAAGGAGUACGAGCUGUUUGAUUUCCGGCGCACUGAGGUCCCUCCCCUGCUCCUCAUCCUGGACCGCUCUGACGAUGCCAUCACUCCGCUCCUGAACCAGUGGACGUACCAGGCCAUGGUCCACGAGCUGCUGGGGAUCAACAACAACCGCAUCGACCUGUCCCGGGUGCCGGGGAUCAGCAAGGACCUGCGGGAGGUCGUCCUGUCAGCUGAGAACGAUGAGUUCUAUGCCAACAACAUGUACCUGAACUUCGCUGAGAUUGGCACCAACAUCAAGAACCUGAUGGAGGAUUUCCAGAGGAGGAAGCCAAAGGAGCAGCAGAAGCUGGAGUCCAUCGCAGAUAUGAAGGCCUUUGUGGAGAACUACCCUCAGUUCAAGAAGAUGUCAGGCACAGUGUCCAAGCAUGUGACAGUGGUGGGGGAGCUGUCCCGGCUCGUGGCAGAGCGGAACCUGCUGGAGGUGUCAGAGGUGGAGCAGGAGCUGGCCUGCCAGAGUGACCAUUCCAGUGCCCUCCAGAGCGUGCGGCGGCUGCUGCAGAGCCCGCGGCUGUCGGAGCUGGACGCGGCACGGUUGGUGAUGCUCUACGCGCUGCGCUACGAGCGCCACGGCAGCAGCGGCCUCCCGGCACUGCUGGAGGAGCUGCGGGGCCGGGGCGGCACCGACAGGUACCGAAAGCUGGUGUCUGCCGUGGUGGAGUACGGAGGGAAGCGGGUCCGAGGCAGUGACCUGUUCAGCCCCAAGGAUGCUGUGGCCAUCACCAAGCAGUUCCUCAAAGGCCUGAAGGGCAUUGAGAACGUGUACACCCAACACCAGCCCCUGCUCCAGGAAACCCUGGACCAGCUCAUCAAGGGAAAGCUCAAGGACAGCCAGUAUCCCUACCUGGGCCCCAACACACUCCGGGACAGGCCUCAGGACAUCAUCGUGUUCCUCAUUGGGGGGGCCACCUACGAGGAGGCUCUGGCUGUGUUCAACCUGAACCGCUCCAACCCCGGCGUCCGCAUCGUCCUGGGUGGGACCACCAUCCACAACACCAGGAGCUUCCUGGAGGAGGUCACAGCCACGGGAUUCCGCGGUCGAAACACUGACAGCUCCCAAGUCCCACCAAGGUCCAGCAGCCGACGAAUGGCAGCGAAUGCUGGAGCUGGCACUAGCCCAACAGAGAGGAUGUGCCCCCACUACAGCUCCUCACUGUGCCCUCACAAACAGCACCAGGACUGGGAUUGUCACCUGAGGGGAGCCUGGGAAAGCCCUUGAUUCCCUGCAGGUCCUGGCUCAUUACCAGGACACACAGGAUGAGUCUCAUGAGGAACCCAACGAUGCUGCCCCAUGCUGGGGGAGCAGCUGUGGGGGUGCAGCUGUGGCACAGGAGCCCUUUGCUCUGUUGUCUGUAUAUGUUGAAUCCUAUUAAAUCCCCCACUUUGGCCAAAACUGUCUGCUAGAUGAUUCCCACUUUCCCUUUCCCAAUCCCACAGGGUGCAGUUAAAGCCUGAGCCUCCACUGGAGCUUUUGUUUCCCUCCAGGGCCACACCAA